AUGCAAAACACCGAAAAUACAAAUGAAUGUAUCAAUUGGAUUGAAGAGGCCAUUUCUAAGGAAUAUUUUAGACUUUAUGAACAUAAAUAUUUUAGUAAUGUUCAAAAAAUUGGUACCGGAGGAUUUGGAAAAGUUUAUCGUGCAAAUUGGAAAAAUUCAGACCAAUGUUUAGCGUUAAAAUCCUUUUUCAAUGUUGAUGACGUAAUUGCAAAAGAAAUUGUUCAUGAGCUCAAGCUUCAACGUGAUAUACAAUUUCAUAAUAAUAUUAUUAAGUUCUAUGGCGUUGCACUAUUUGAGCCAGAAUAUCAAAAUGUUCAAUCGAAAAAUUAUUUGUUAGUAAUGGAGUAUGCUGAUUCUGGUACUCUCAAAAAUUAUUUAAAGGAAAACUUCAAUAAUCUUACUUGGAACGACAAAUAUAACUUAGCGUAUCAAUUAACUAGCGCCGUAUCGUGCUUACAUAAUGAAAGAAUAGUGCAUCGUGAUUUGCACUCCGGUAAUGUAUUGGUUCAUCAAAAUAUUAUCAAACUGUCCGACUUCGGGUUGUCAAAAAGAAUCGAAUCAUCGUCCAACACAAAAACUAAAUUUUUUGGAUGUGUUCCAUACGUCGAUCCAAAAAGAUUUCGUGGACGAAAAAAAAAUAAAAACUCAAAUCAAAUAUGUUCAUUAAGUGAAAAAAGUGACAUUUAUAGUGUUGGUGUGUUAUUUUGGGAAUUAUCUAGUGGUCAACCACCCUUUGCUACUGAAGAGUACGAUAUUGAUUUAGCUUUAGAAAUUUCACAAGGUCGUAGAGAAGAACCCAUUCUUAAUACGCCUGAAAAUUAUAUUAAAAUUUAUACUGAAUGUUGGGAUAAUGAACCAGACAAUCGUCCAACUAUAAAUCAAGUAUUAGAAAGAAUAAAAGAAAUUAUAACGAAAACAACAGAAAAUCAUCAAACGGAAUUAAAUCUUCAAUCAAUAUCAACAGAUGAACAAAAUUUUAAUCUAAUCAAUAUUGAUACUUCAAAUAUUAACAAUUCAUUACAUGGGGAAAUGUCUCAAAUUAUUGAAAAUUUUGAUAAAAUGAAUACAAAGGAUAUAGUAUAUACAUCAUUAACCAAUGAAAAUAUUACAUCUGAAAAAAAUUUGAGCAAAAUAGUUAGUGAAAUAGUAAAUUAUAUUUUCAAAUUAAAUAAUGAAGGAAAAAGUUCAAUAGUAAGCGAAUUUAUUCUUGAUUAUUUUAAUAAUAAUAAUAUAAAUUCACAAGAAAUCCAUGAUUGGUUAUUAAUUAAUCAAAAUAAUUCAGAUUCCAUAUUUUUACUUGGAUGUUUUAAUUAUUUAGGAAUUGAAACAAGUGAAGAUAAAAAGAAAGCGUUUAAUUUAUUCAUUAAAGCAUCAGAACAAAAUCACACAUUAGCGCAAUAUUAUGUUGGAUUAUGUUAUGAAUAUGGUCGUGGAACUGUAAAAGAUAAAAAAUUAGCUUUCGAAUAUUAUGAAAAAAUAGCUAAUAAGGGUAACAGAUUGGGAUUAUUUAAGUGUGGUUAUUUUUAUAAUAAUGGAAUUGGAAUUAGUAUUAAUGAACAAAAAGCAUUUGAAUUAUAUCAGCAGGCGGCAAAUUUAGGAUAUUUGAAUGCUCAAAAUAAUCUUGGCCUUAUGUAUUUUAAUGGAGAUGGCGUUAAUAAAGAUUAUGGCCGAGCUUUUGAAUUAUAUCAGCAGGCGGCAAAUUUAGGAAAUAGUUUUGCUCAAUAUAAUCUUGCUGAUAUGUAUGAAUAUGGAAAGGGAAUUGAAAAGGAUAUAAAUCAAGCAAUUUAUUGGUACGAGAAAUCUGCUAAACAAGGGUAUCAACUUGCUCAAAAUAGAUUAGAAAUAAUUAUGACAAAAAAUAAAAAAAAAAUAAAAAAUUUUACAACUCACUCCAUAAAAAAUAUUUUUAAGCGUUGA